AAGAUGUGAGAAGAUUUUAGAAAUGAGACGAGAGAAGAAAUAAGUGGUAUUUUAGAGGUGAGAAGAGAGACGUGGAAUGUGAAGAAAAUUUGAGCUGAAAAACGUAGGGAGUAAGCAAUGAGAUGUGAGAAACGAGGCAUGAGAUGUAAGACUUGAGGAGUGAGAAAUGAGAAAAGCGACAUAAAAUGUAAGCCGUGAGAUACGGAACGUGAGAGGUGAGAAGUGAAUCAUUAACCGGUCUCUUAAGAUUUUGGAUUGUCUCAUUUCUCACAUCUCAUGUUUCGCGUCUCGUGUUUCAUGCGUUUCCGGUCUCAGGUCUUUCAAGCCUCAGAACUAUGUUUAUCCCAACUUUAAACAAUGCGAAGUGUUUUCCAUUUAAACGGACUCAUUUUUCCUCAGACUAAAUAGAGCGGUUUAACAAAACCGUGCGAAAAACUAUGUAAAAAAGCCUCGACGUACUUUAGCACCGAAGAAAGAAGGAAACUUUUGUGAAAUCUAAAUUUAAACUAUUAUUCCAAGAUUUUUUUUUCCAAAUUCACCCCAUUUUACGUUUUUUUUUUUGCAAUCCAAACCGUCACAGUACUCACAGUGUGCCAUGCUCAUAACCUCAACAAAACACGUGGUAAACUCACUUUCAUUUGAACAAACGUAGCAGCGCCAUGCAGUUCUCCCAGGAAGAGUUUGUGGAAUCGUCGCAAAAGUCUUCAGUCAGCCGAGGAAGAAGAAGGGGUCGACCAUUCGGUUCUGCUACCUCCCACAGGACUUUACGUUCAAAAACAGCUAAUGCUGCAGUCAAAAAUGGAGGCUCCCGACCUCGAACGCAGGAACGGAAUAACGCAUUUGAAAUAUCCGAAAGCAAUUCGCUAGACUGGCCCCGGGACUCGGAGGACGUGGCAAAUCUUUCCGCCAGUUUGUUCGAGGGUCAGCACGAUUUACUGCAGCAGUACGAACGCACAACGACGGAUCGUCGGCCAAAACCGAAGGAUGAUUUGAUCGAGCGGGUUCUAGAGCAGUCUCGACAGGCUUACGAGCAGCUCAGGUUGCAAACCGAACAAUCACAGAACCACGGUUCUAGCCAAAACAAGAGUCAAAAUUGUGGAAGUCAAUGGUUGAGAGUCGAUCGACUUUCACCCGCGAAUGAGCCGGUUAUUCAGAGGAAAGAGGUUGCCGUUCAAAUGACUCCGAAAGUUGAUAAACGGAUCUCGGUGAACGCUUCGGUUCAAGUGACCCCAGUUAGAGUCGUUAACCCGAUAAAAACUUCGACUGGCACCAAUACAGACAUAAUCAGCAGGGGAAACUCUUCCAUUCAAACGAGCCCUAAGGAAACGAGAAACGUAGCCGUCCAAAAGUAUCACAGCGUUAGGAUGCGGGACAGCGAAGCGCAAACCAGCGGAACCCAAUCGGAUCCUCCUCAGGCGAGAAAAGUAUCCCGUAGGAACGUUUGCAUCCAGCAACGUUCAUCUGAUUUGCUGGAAAUCAACAACACCAACGUGCUUCGACUGGGUUUGGAGAUGAAAUGUGAUCCGGCUAAUUUGCAUCGAAUAAUGCGUCGCGUCGCCAGUUGCCAGCGUAGCGGCUUGAACGGAAGUGGGAUUGAGAGCGCUGCUCUGUGGUCCAUUAAUCGUCGAGAGAGCGUCAAAUUUACCGAGGAAGAUCCGUACUUUGUAAACUAUGACUUCUUCAUGAAGGAAACUGACGGCGAUAAGGAACAAUCGGAAUCAGAGAUGGAGUUCGACGACCAGUUUCCCAGUUGUUACGUUCAGGCCGAGUCUUUGGAGAAGUUUCUGUAAUUAGAAAGAUGGAUUUGUUUCAGAAUUAAACAGAAAUAUGCUUAGAAAUCAAACUUCAUUCGUUCCUGGUUUGGUCAUAACUUACACAA